AUGACGCUCUCUUCCACUUCGAUUCGCAAAGCGCCAAACGCAUUCCAUUUCCUUCGCCAAUGUGAGAUUUUACAGAAGGUUGGGCAUGGAGAUGCAGGGGCCCAAUUUGAGGACUGGAGCAAAGCCUCAUCGCUGGUGAAGGCUUUUAGCAUUGGAAAGCAGGAAGCUCUUGCAGUGGUCAACCUGCAGAGCAAAGUCCAUGCGAGCGUCCUGAAGCAGCUCAAAAUCGAAGUGAGCAAGCGUGGACUCCGCUCCUUUCUGACCCAUGAGGCCAUAGCCCGCGGUGUGUUCAACACUGGCUUCAGCAGUGCUGUGUCUACGAAUGAAGCCUGGGACCACGUGCUGACUAAUUCGGAUGACCAAGAGCUUGUUAAGCUCUUCUUGGUGCGGAUCUGCUCGGAUUGGGACAAGAGACCAGCUUCCCUUCGGAAAGGGUUGAGCUUCAAGGAAUGUGCUGAGAUCCACACCUGCUGUGGGAUGUACCUUCAUUACAUCAAGUCGAUGGAGGAGACUGCGCCCGCUGAUGCCAUUCAUGGGACCAAGGAGAAGUUUCUUGAGCAAUUCCUCACAAGCGGUUUGGACGCAGAGUUGCUGAUGUCGGCGCAGUCCACUGUCCCACCUGGGGACCCUAAAAGCAUUGGUGCUUUCAGGCUCAUCAUUGCCAAGUAUGAGACCCAGUUGUCUAUGCAAGCAGAAGACAAGUUGAGAGAAGCGGCUGAGAAGGUGUUCAAAGCCACGUUCGAUCAGAUCAAAGCCCAGAUUGAUUCUGAUUUGAAGAUCUUGCGAGAAAAGCUGCCUUCCCGAGAGGCCCAAACGAUCGAGCUGGCCCAGGACAUGAAAUACAUGAAGGACCGGCAAAUGUAUGUGAUCGCAAGCUUGGAUGCCACGGUGUGGCCAGUGUCUGCCCCCAUCAUGGACUGUUUGACCAUGCUGACGAAUGUUUGUGCUCUGAACCCGGGAAAUGUCGGACACAUUCAAUUGCCACAAGUCCAGGCUCAAACAACAUUGUCAGCAGUGACGAAGCACAGACACCAGGUCGAGCUUGCCCUCCUGAAGGCAGACAUGGAUUUUUCGACAUCGUUGACUCUGGCUUUCCAGAAAGAGUCAGCAAGGAGUGGAGCUGACAAGAGGCCAGCUUCGCAGGUAUGUUUGAUUGCGUAUUCAGGCAAGACCUGCAAGUGGAAUUCAUCAGACAUGCUGCAAAAUGGCUUCUUGGGAGGGGUACCAUUGAUCAAAGUGAGCGAUAUGGAGGGCUAUGAUGCUGAGACACGUCCAGGAGCUGCUGCCCGAGUGGAGCAGAUUCUUGCCUCUUCAAGCAGCAGUCAGAAAGGCAUUCCGUGCCACAAGACCAUUAUCGAGGGCUAUUUGGAUGGCCACAACUUCAACGAGAAGGACAUCAUUGUGUGGCUGGACAUUAUCCCGAACAGGUUUGCAGAGUUUGGCAAAGCGUGCGCGCAGCGGAUGUUUGACGGUUUGAGCCCUCCGGUGCGUUACUAUGGCCUGUUUCGAGAUGCUCAGCGUGGCGUGGUAGAUUCCAUCGAAGCCAGCGCCUUCUCCCAUUGGGAUUCUUUGGGCUCAUCGCCGCCAAAGUCACGACCCCGCCAGUCUCAAGAAGCUCAGAUUUCAGGCCUGCAGCUCCUCACUCACAGCAAGUCUGGUCCAGGAUGGCCUCCACACAUCAUGGAAAAGUUUCCAGCAGAGUCUGUGGAGUUCAAGGAGCUUCAUGCCAUGAAGGUUGCCUUUGAAAAUGAGUAUCCUCCUGCUGCGCACGCAUCUCCUGCUAGUGGUACUACCCGUGUGAGAGGCGAACCUGACUUUUCAGCUGAUGGUGUGGCCCCCAUUGAUUGGAAGCGUGUUGUGCAGCUGGCCCCGGAAGCUACGCCAGGUGUCGACGAGAGGCUGGGCUUUGCCGCUGGCAGGGGUGGAAGGCCGUCUGUGAUUGUAGACAAGCGCAUGGCCAUUUGGCUGGGGAACGAGAGUGAUGAGAGCGUGACCUGGUCUGGCAUUGAAAUCUGUGGGUUUGGGACCGGUCAGUUUGAGCCGAAGAUUGUGCGUGGUGGUGUGAGAGACGUGAGUGGCCUUGCUUUUCGAUUGCGCAAUGAUGCCACCUUGGUUUCCCACAACAAGACUCUGAUGUCUGUUGCGCACUUCAUGCAGCACUUUGCUGCGACAAGUGGCCUAGCAACGAUAGAGAUCGAGGACCACGUGACCGAGCCGAUGCUUCAGAGACCCGCCUCUUGUCUCCAACUUAGCUGGUGUUGA